GCAACGUUGCUAACCGCCUCAAUAAAUCAAUAUUAAGUCCCGACAGCAAUAUAUAGUGUUUCGUAUAUAUAAUAUUUUAAAUAUCCCGAAUUGUUUCAGCGCUUGAGUAAACAACCGCCAAUCAGAAGCCGCGCUCCUGCGUGUUGCUAGGCAGAUUAUGUUAAUAUAUGCAACGCAGCCGUCUCUGCAGCUACCAUUCUGAGGCGUCGCUGGCUGCCUCAAGAGGGAAGUGAUAGGUGACGUGGUUGGCGACAGGCCUGGCAACGUGCUGCCAUGGAGACCAAACAGGAACCAUCCGCUGUGUGGAGUCAGACUUCUGACAAUGAAUCAGGCAACGGCACACAGGUGCAUUUUGAAGGCGGCACAGUGGCCCAGAUCGUGUACAGUGGCGAUCAGGCGGACCGGGGACAGCAGCAGGUGGUUUAUACAGCAGACGGGAACUCCUAUACCUCUGUAGAGUCUGCAGAGCACACACUGGUUUACAUACACCCUGCAGAUGGCACUCAGACUGUAUUUGCUGACCAGCCACAAGUGGCUUACAUUCAGCAGGAUGGUACAACGCAACAGGUCACAGUUUUGCUACCCAGUGGACAGAACAUGAACGCUGCCAAUCUGCAUGUUCUCAGUAAUGUAGCAGAUGCUCCCCAAGCUAUCCUGGAGCCAGUUACCCAGGAGCAGCUGUCUGCUUCCAAUUCACUCCCCUCCAUGGCUGACAUCGCGGACCCCCCCACCAGUCCCCUCGGGGCAACAGACUCCACAGACGAUUCUGACGAGGAUGAGGAUGAAGACUCUGAGAUGGAUGACUGGGAACCUCGUCAGCCUCAGUCAUUUAACCCUCACAGCCUCUGGUGUGACGAGUGUAAUAAUGCCAACCCCUCUGUGUGCCUGAAGCACGGCCCUCUGCACCCCAUCCCUAACCGGCCCGUGAUGUCCAAGGCCCGGGCCAGUCUGCCUUUGGUCCUCUACAUAGACCGUUUCCUGGGCGGAGUGUUCUCCAAGAGACGCAUCCCAAAGCGCACACAGUUUGGUCCUGUGGAGGGACCCCUGCUCUCUCAGAGUGAACUGCAGGACCACUACAUUCAUCUAAAACUGUGCAUGCUGGAUGCAGAGAAAGAUGGGGAGAAGUCUGAUGACAUGUGGUUGGACCUUUCUGAUGAGGACAGCUGUAACUGGAUGAUGUUUGUGAGACCAGCUCAGAACCACCUGGAGCAGAAUCUGGUUGCCUACCAGUACGGCUCAGAGAUAUUUUACACAUCCAUCAAGAACAUCCAACCCAAACAAGAGCUCAAGGUGUGGUAUGCAGCAUCAUAUGCAGAGUUUGUCAACCAAAAGAUCCACGAUGUUACAGAAGAAGAGAGAAAAGUGCUCCGGGAGCAAGAGAAGAACUGGCCUUGUUACGAGUGUAACCGGCGCUUCGUGAGCUCUGAACAACUGCAGCAACAUCUCAACAUGCAUGAUGACAAGUUAAACUCUGUUACCAGAUCCAGAGGCCGGGGUCGAGGAAGAGGCAGGAGGAGAUUUGGGACAGGAAGAAGACCGGGACGGCCACCUAAAUUUAUACGUUUAGAUCCACCAGUCGACGCCAUUGGGGAAAAGACAACAGAGAUGCUGGGAUUGACAGAGAAGCCUCUGGAGGAGCGAGCAGAAGCAGCUCAGAACGGGCUGAAGGUGGUGGAGAUGGAGUCGGAGGCCGAGGCUGGGACUGAGGCGGAGGACCAGCUUAUCCCUCCUGCAGAGGAGCCGGUUUCAGAGUCCGCCAGCCCGCCCUCCAUCACGGACCUACCUGUACCACUAAAGGAGGAUCCAGCACAGAGCAGCCAAUCAGAGGGCCACCUCACAUCUCAAGACAUGCGCCGUGCCAAGAGGAUACGGAAUGCAGCGCUGCAGCACCUCUUCAUCAGGAAGAGUUUUCGUCCUUUUAAAUGCACCCAUUGUGGAAAGGCCUUCCGGGACAAAGACAAGCUUGAUCAGCACCUGCGGGUCCAUGGCCGGGACGCGUACGCCUUUGCCUGCCACAUUUGCAGCAAGAGCUUCAUGAGCGACUCAGCCCUGGAGGACCAUCUGCUUGUGCACACUGAAAACCGCUCCUACUCUUGUCUCUUAUGCCCGGAAACCUUCGAAAGGCUGGACCUGCUCAAAGACCACGUAGGGAUGCAUGCUGUAAACGGCUGCUUCACCUGUCCUUCCUGCAAGAAGACAUUUACUGACUUCAUCCAGGUGAAGAAACAUAUCCGCUGCUUCCAUUCAGAGAAGAUCUUCCAGUGCCCAGACUGUGAAAAGGCCUUCUGCCGGCCAGACAAGCUGCGUUUGCACAUGUUACGCCACUCUGACCGCAAGGACUUCCUGUGUUCAACAUGUGGCAAACAAUUCAAGAGGAAAGAUAAGCUGCGGGAGCACAUGCAGCGUAUGCACAACCCCGACAGAGAGGCCAAGAAGGCAGACCGCAUCCACCGCUCGAAAACCCUCAAACUGAAGGUGCCCACCACGGACUUCGAGAGCUUCAUGUUCAAAUGCAGAGUGUGCAUGAUGGGAUUCAGACGCAGAGGAAUGCUGGUCAAUCAUUUGUCCAAGCGUCAUCCAGAGAUGCGUAUUGAUGAUGUGCCUGAGCUCACGCUGCCGAUUAUCAAGCCCAACAGGGACUACUUCUGCCAGUAUUGUGACAAGGUGUAUAAGAGUGCCAGUAAGAGGAAAGCACACAUACUGAAGAACCACCCUGGGGCAGAACUGCCUCCCAGCAUCCGUAAGUUGCGUCCGGCUGCUCCAGGUGAACCAGACCCCAUGUUGAGCACACACACACAGCUGACUGGCACCAUCGCCACUGCACCGGUCUGUUGCCCACACUGUGCCAAACAGUACAGCAGCAAGACUAAGAUGGUUCAGCACAUCAGAAAAAAGCAUCCAGAGUUUGCCCAACUUGCCAACACCAUCCAGGCUCCUCUGACUACAGCUGUCAUCAGCAGUGCUCCUGCAGUCAUCAGUGCGGACGGUACCACAGCUGAGGCUGUAGUGACCACAGAUUUGCUGACCCAGGCCAUGACGGAGCUUUCUCAAACACUGACCACAGACUACCGCACAGCUCAGGGAGACUACCAGAGGAUCCAGUACAUCCCAGUGUCUCAGGCAGGAGGCAACAUGUCCCAGCCUCAACACAUUCAGCUGCAGGUGGUGCAGGUGGCUGCGGCUUCCCCCCCACAUUCCCAGCACCCGACAGUAGAUGUGAGCCAGCUGCAUGACCCUCAUGGCUACAGCCAACACUCCAUCCAGGUACAACACAUCCAGGUCAACGAGGCCUCAGGCACUGGACAAGGUGCCAGCCAGGUCACCGGUCAGCCUCUAAGCCCCACCUCCCAGCAGACCAGUCAGGAGCUGAGCCCCACCCAGCUGACCCCUGUGACCUUAGCUCAGAGCCACACCCUGCAGACCAGCAGCACUCAACAGCAGCAGCAGGGGACUGUCCAGCACGCCUACAUACCUGGGAACUGGAACUACCGAGGCUACUCGUCUGAGAUCCAGAUGAUGGCUCUACCUCACACGCAAUAUGUGAUAGCUGAGGCCAGCACUCCUGUGUCUGGAGUCAACAGCAACCAGGUGAAAACGACACACUACGUUAUCUCCGAGGGUCAGACAGAGCUGGAGACGAAACAGACUGUUCCUCAGAGCACAACCCAGGGCCAUGCGGAACAUCUGGAGCAGCAACCAGACAAUCAGCAAGCCACCACGCAGUACAUCAUCACCACAACCACCAACGGAAGUGGCACUAGUGAAGUUCACAUCACGAAACCCUGAACUGUGCAGCGAUGAACUCUGCAAACCACGGACUGAUCCUGCAUGUAUACCUCAGCAGCUUGUAUGCACAUUAUUGAACAAACACACAGUCGCACAUGAAUACAUACAGCGCUAAAAUGGGGAUGACAUGAUGACCAGCACAGUUUUAUGUGUCAGUAAGAUGGUCAAUGGGCUGUUGAGUUGCAAGCUGCCAGAACUUUGUGAGAGAAUUAAGUUAGUAGAGAGCGAAAUGCAAAGUUUAGAUUUUUUUAACAGAAUAUAUAAACAAAGACUGAACUGAACUUGCUUUAAGACAGCACUGGAAAACAUUUUCAUUGUAACUGCUGAAAACAGGGACAUAAUAGCAUUAUAUUAAAUACAGGGUCCUGAACUCAUUUGGAAUGUAUGGACCAUAAAAGCAAACAUUUUACAGUCUUACUGUGUGAGCUACUGAAGUGGUGGAAAGGUUUUGUUGCUCAGUCCUUCCACAUAUUUGAGUGUCCAUUUCACAUAAUUGUAAGGUUAAAGGCAUUUCUGAAAGUAUAGUGUUUGUACUUAAAUCCUGGAAAGAAAUACAGAACCGAAAAUAUGGAAAAUACAGUCCUCGGUUGGCCUUCCAAAACAGAUCAUUGUGUUUAUGCCCAACACCAUCCGUUGUGUUGUAUGUUACCAUUUCGUUGCUGAUACAGAUGUGAUUUGUGUCUAUUAACUUCCUUUUGGGAAUGUCUCAGACAUUUUCUAUCCAUGUGGUGGAUUGUCCUAAUUUCUAAUUUGUCCUAUUUAAAGUGUUACAAACAGAAAUAUAAGGGGAAAGCACCACAGGUUUGCAACUGAAUGGCUGAGGAGCUCCACACACAGUGUUUUAAGAUGAUAAGGGCUUGUUCCAGUGUGUUAAUCUGUUUUUUAAAAUACCCAAUAUAGUGAAGGUACUUCAUUUGGGGCUGUUGCUUAAAGAACAGCUUAGUGUCUUAGGGUAAAUAGGAUAUUGACACGCAGCAUGUGUCAUAUUUCCUUCUCAAUAAAGUAAGAAAAGAGGAAGUUAUUCAGAAGGAAGAGCUCAAACCUUGUGAUGCCAAUCACCUGCCUACUGUGUGUUCAUGAGCAAGGCAUGUCCGAUGCUGGAGCUUAUAGUGUUACAUUAUUUCUAGUACUUAGAUUUCAAUAAGUACUUGUAAUUUACCCAUGAAGACAACACAGGUACACACAAUUGUAAUAUGUGGUUAAUGUGCCCAUUAUUUAUAUUAGUCUAUAGACUUGAACAAUGUAAAAUAUUGCAGGAAUAUUAUGAGACUUUGAUCAUGUACAGUGAUGAUUUUGUCCUGCUGUCUAUGUGUUGAGAAAUUAAAUUCUUUUAU